UUUCGUGAUAAUGGCAAUAUAGGCUUUAGUAGUUUCCAGGAAGAAGCAUCAUACCGAGGAAUUUCCAGGAAUACAUUGUAGUCGAGAUAUCUUUCAAGGGGAGGAUCGUGUUGUUGUACUACUAUGAGCGGAAGAUUUUUAGGAUCAAAAGGUUUUCCAACGUUAAUAAUGACAUGAUUGCGGCCUCCAUUCCAAAUGUUCAUGGAGGAAAUAUCAAUUUCUUCAUUAAUAAGAAUCACCAAUAAACAUGCUAUGUUUGGAUUAGAAACAAUAUUUCCUUGUGAUAAAAGUUGCAUUUUCAAUUCUUCGAGCUGA